AUGUGCUCGUCAGUGUAUGCCCUACACCAGGGCACCCCAAUCCCUGGUGCCUCACUGUGCAGCCUGUUGAGUAGUUAUCUCUUCUCCUUCCAUCAUCUCUUUCUCCAGGUUGUGUCAACCCUUCUCAUAAACAUAAUCCCAGAGGACUACAGCCCCCUGAAUUUAUCUGGAAAGGCAAAAAUUGGCAGUAAAGCCUGGGUGAAGGAAACUCCACGGCCUAUUCCUGGCUUUGACCCUGACUCCAUGUGUGAGUCCCAGGUGAUCAUCAGGAAAGGGGAGCUACUCUGCGGAGUGCUGGACAAGGCACACUAUGGGAGCUCAGCCUAUGGCCUGGUUCACUGCUGCUAUGAGAUCUACGGGGGUGAGACCAGCGGCAGGGUUCUCACUUGCCUAGCCCGCCUCUUCACUGCCUACCUGCAGCUCUAUAGAGGUUUCACCUUGGGUGUAGAAGACAUUUUGGUUAAACCAGAUGCAGAUGUAAAGAGACAGCGCAUAAUUGAAGAGUCCACCCAGUGUGGGCCCCGGGCUGUCAGGGCUGCAUUGAACCUGCCAGAAGCUGCAUCAUGUGAUGAGAUCCAAGGGAAAUGGCAGGAUGCCCAUCUGGGCAAAGACCAGAGGGAUUUUAACAUGAUUGAUAUGAAGUUCAAGGAGGAAGUGAACCAUUACAGCAAUGAGAUCAACAAGGCAUGUAUGCCUUUCGGCUUGCACAGACAGUUCCCUGAGAACAACCUGCAGAUGAUGGUGCAGUCAGGAGCCAAAGGGUCAACUGUGAACACGAUGCAAAUCUCUUGCCUGCUGGGCCAGAUCGAGUUAGAAGGUCGGAGACCCCCACUGAUGGCAUCUGGCAAGUCACUGCCCUGCUUUGAGCCUUAUGAGUUCACCCCCAGGGCUGGUGGCUUCGUCACUGGAAGGUUCCUUACCGGUAUCAGGCCUCCUGAGUUCUUCUUUCACUGCAUGGCGGGACGAGAAGGUCUGGUGGACACAGCUGUCAAAACCAGCCGAUCUGGCUAUCUCCAAAGGUGCAUCAUCAAGCACCUGGAGGGGCUGGUCAUCCAGUAUGAUCUGACAGUCCGUGAUAGCGAUGGCAGUGUGGUACAGUUCCUGUAUGGGGAGGAUGGCCUGGACAUCCCCAAGACACAGUUCCUGCAGCCCAAGCAGUUCCCCUUCCUGGCCAGCAACUAUGAGGUGAUAAUGAAAUCCAAGCAUCUUCAUGAAGUUUUAGCCAGAGCAGAUCCCCAGAAAGUGCUCCGCCACUUCAAAGCCAUUAAAAAGUGGCAUAGCAAGCAUUCCAAUGCCCUGCUGAGAAAAGGUGCCUUCCUGAGUUUUUCCCAGAAGAUUCAGGCAGCUGUGAAAGCCUUGAACCUAACGGGCAAGAACCAGAAUGGCCGCAGCCCAGAAACCCAGCAGAUGUUACAGAUGUGGUAUGAAUUAGAUGAGCAGAGCCGAUGGAAAUACCAGAAGAGGGCCGCUCCUUGUCCCGAUCCUAGCCUGUCUGUGUGGCGCCCAGACAUCUUCUUUGCCUCUGUGUCUGAAACAUUUGAAAAAAAGAUUGAUGACUACAGUCAGGAGUGGGCAGCCCAAACAGAGAAGAGUUACAAGAAAUCAGAGCUUUCUCUCGACAGGCUGAGAACCUUACUGCAGCUGAAGUGGCAACGCUCACUGUGUGACCCAGGCGAGGCUGUUGGCCUACUGGCCGCCCAGAGCAUCGGGGAGCCCUCCACACAGAUGACACUGAACACCUUCCACUUUGCAGGCAGAGGCGAGAUGAAUGUCACCCUGGGUAUUCCAAGACUGAGGGAGAUUCUCAUGGUUGCCAGUGCCAACAUCAAGACACCCAUGAUGAGCGUGCCUGUGUUCAAUACCAAGAAAGCAUUGAAGAGAGUGAAGAGCCUAAAGAAGCAGCUCACCAGGGUGUGCCUGGGGGAGGUAUUGCAGAAAGUGGACGUCCAAGAGUCCUUUCAUAUGGGAGAAAAACAGAACAGAUCCCGGGUCUAUGAGCUCCGGUUUCAGUUUCUGCCGCAUGCAUAUUACCAGCAGGAAAAGUGCCUGAGACCUGAGGACAUCUUACACUUCAUGGAAACCAGAUUUUUCAAACUACUAAUGGAAGCCAUCAAAAAGAAAAAUAGCAAAGCAUCAGCCUUCAGAAGUGUGAAUAGUAGAAGAGCUACCCAGAAGGACCUUGAUGACACUGAGGACUCAGGAAAGAGUCGGAGAGAGGAAGAAGGGGAUGAAGAAGAGGAGGGGAACAUUGUGGAUGCUGAAGCUGAGGAGGGGGAUGCAGAUGCUUCUGACACCAAGCGCAAGGAGAAGCAAGAGGAAGAGGUUGACUAUGAGAGUGAGGAAGAGGGAGAGGAGCAAGCGGAGGAGGAGGAGGAUGCACAAGAGGAAGGGAACAUCAGUGGCGAAGGUGCCCACCAGGCCCAUGAGCCAGGCGAGGAAGAAGGUUCAGUCCUGGAGGAGGAAUCGUCCCAGAACCCUGCCCGCCGGCACGCCAAGAGUCAGGGAGCUGAGGCGGUGGAACGCCGGAUCCAGGCUGUACGGGAGGCCCACUCAUUCAUUGAGGACUACCAGUAUGACACAGAGGAAAGCCUGUGGUGCCAGGUGACUCUGAAGCUCCCACUGAUGAAGAUUCAUUUUGACAUGAGCAGCUUGAUUGUGUCCUUGGCCCACAAUGCCAUUGUCUAUACAACCAAGGGCAUCACUCGGUGCCUCCUGAAUGAAACGACAAACAGUAAGAAUGAGAAGGAGCUUGUGCUGAGCACAGAGGGAAUCAACCUGCCCGAGAUGUUUAAGUACUCCGAGGUGCUGGACCUGCGCCGUCUCUACUCCAACGACAUCCAUGCCAUGGCCAACACUUACGGCAUCGAGGCUGCACUGCGGGUUAUUGAGAAGGAGAUUAAGGACGUGUUUGCUGUGUAUGGCAUUGCAGUUGAUCCUCGCCAUCUCUCUCUGGUUGCUGACUAUAUGUGCUUUGAGGGUGUUUAUAAGCCACUCAAUCGCUUUGGGAUCCAGUCAAGUUCCUCCCCUUUGCAGCAGAUGACAUUUGAAACCAGUUUCCAGUUUCUCAAACAGGCCACUAUGAUGGGAUCCCAUGAUGAACUGAAGUCACCUUCAGCCUGCCUCGUGGUGGGGAAAGUCGUCAAAGGCGGGACAGGCCUGUUUGAGCUCAAGCAGCCCCUAAGAUAGCAGCCUCGCCUGGAGGACCUGGGGAUGGGCACAGCUUAGUUCAGAGUGACAUAGCAAAGCAGUGACCUUGGCUCCAGAAAGCAGCUGGCCUCGGCUGGGCCAGCUUCACUUUGCCUUUCCCAUCUCAGGAUCAGUGACAAGGCUUCCCAAGCCCUCCAAGAUGGCUGACUUCACCUGUGCUCCAGGAGGCCUCAGCCAAAUCCCUGACAGACGCCCAGGACUUCACUCAGGGAAUUCUGCUGUGAGCCAGUCCCAGUGCCACCACUGCUUUCCAUUGCUGGUGGCUAAGGAAGCAUACCUGAGGGCCCCUGAAGAGCCAGAGAGGACAUGAAACCUGCCCCCGUACCUGCCCUUCCCCGCUGCAGCCACUAGAGGAGAGUUCUCAAAGAGUAUCCACCCAGAGCUGCUUCCCUGGGCCAAAGACAAGAGUGACACAAGGCCCUGGUCCUCCUGCCAUUGCUGUAUGACUGUAUGACAGAGAAGACUGGCCCCACAGCCAGGAACAUCUCUUUGGGACACAGCAGCUCUCUACCUCACAGAAAGCCCCAAGUUUCCCACUCGGCUUUCAGCAAGUAGCCUGACCUUCCUGCCUCUGCUCCCAGCUUGAUGUCAAAGCCCACUGUCACCCACAGGCACUGCACCGUGGUGUCUUGAAGGGACAUGGUAAGUGCCCUGACUGAGACAGAAGGGCAGAGGCUUUGUUAGGCACUGCCAUUUCUAUUUGUGUUCACUGUUGUUCCAGCAUGGACUGAGUAAUAAAUGUGGCCGGGACAGGCUGUUGGGGGAGAAUCAA